CAGUUAUUCACACGUUUAUGAGCCUUCUGUUGCCGGACGAGGCGUUUCAUAAACACGAGUAGGAGGAGGGGAAAGAGAGGCAGGAAAAAUAGAAAUGGGAUUUUUUUGACAGCUAGCUUUUAACUAGCUUGGCCAGGUAAGGUCGCCUGGUACUGUAAUGUUCGCUGAGGAUGACCGAAGCCCAAGGACAGCGGUCAUAGGACGAGCGAGGUUGCUUGUAGCUUAUUUUUAAACAACACGAUGGAAGCAUAUAUAAUUAAUGGUGUGUGUGUUAUACCGUGUAGUUAUCCACCAUCGCUUAGGUCCAACAGGACGGCUCAAAGUGCAGAGGGAGUGACGUUUCUGGGGGUAUAUUGUUGCUGCUAGCGUUUGCCUUUUGUUUUAACACGACAAAACAUCCGCCUAAUGUGUAAUUGCAUGUGUUGUUGCGGUUGAUAGCGCAAACACUGCUGGGAAUACCUCAGAGAAAGACUGAAGGAGUGGAAGUACAGGCCCAGCUGCUCCAAGUCCUCUCCUCUGCCAUGGAAUAAUUUUUGGAAAGUUUCUGCCAUAACACGUCUACCAUCGCCCUUUGGUUUUUGCAUCUUUGAAGGAGUGUCUCACCAUUUCGCAGCUGGACGGAUGUUGAGCAUUGAAGCCCUGGUGUAAAGGGUUUAGCUCAUGACUGGAAACCAUGAAGCAGCCAGGGAAGUGACCUCGACACCACAGCCUGAGGGUGCCACUCACUGGCACCAUGGCAUCCAACGAGAGACUCUAUGAGGUCUGGAUGCGCUAUUGCACUAAGAGGGAUCCAGACUACCUGCAGCUAUGGCUGGAGAUUUUCAUCAGCUCCUAUGAGCGAUGCCUGGAUGUGGACUUUGAAAAACCACCUUCAAGGCCAGAGGAGCUUCCCCCGGUGUUGACCCUCCUACCAGAUAACAUCCUGCAGGUUUUGCGCUACCAGUUGUUGCAGUGCGUCCAGAAAGCCCCUGAUGGGCUGGAGCCUGAGCAGCAAAACCUGGCUCUGCUGCUGCUCAAGUUCCUCAUCAUCAUCUGCAGGAACCUGCCCAACGUGGAGGAGAUUGGCACUUGCUCUUACAUUAAUCAUAUCAUCACCAUGACAACCCUCUAUAUUCAGCAGCUGAAGAGCAAGACCAAAGAGAAAGAGAUGGCAGACCAGAGCCAGGCAGAGGAGUUUGUCCGUCAUGCGCUGGCUUUCUGCGAGAGCCUCUACGACCCGUACCGCAACUGGAGGAAUCGAGCCUGCGGGGAGAAGCAAGGUACAGUUGAGAGGAGCAGACAGAAGUACAAGGCAGCUCCACUCACGGUUGAGUUUGUUCCCUUCUUUUACCAGUGCUUCCAGGAGAGUGAGCACCUGAAGGAGAGUCUGAAGUGCUGCCUGCUGCACCUGUUUGGAGCUAUAGUAGCUGGUGAUCAGAGGAACGCUCUGUUUGCCAUCUCUCCAGCCACCAUGGAGGUGUUGAUGCAGGUGCUGGCUGAUUGUUCCAUGGGGAGCUGCCCUUCAGAUGAGGGUGAGGACUGGGACAGUGAGGCCCCUGACCGUAAGGCGCUGCUCACUCUGGGCUGCCUCCGAGAGGUGGUGCAGCGCCUCCUGGCCUCCAGCUCUGACCAGCGACAAGUGGAAAUCACCUCGGUGCUGGAAAACUACUUUAAGCUGCUCAACUCAGACCCAGCGGCUAUGGUUGCUACCCAGCAGCAGCAGCACAAGCAACAACAAGCCAAGGGCAGAGUACUGACACUGGGCCGACACUGGGAAAGCCGAUUUUUGGCACUGCAAGUGCACAUGCUAGACACUAUCAGGGACAUGUUCCUGUGUUCAGACAGGCCAGUUCUACAAGCCAUCUUCCUCAACAGCAACUGUUUUGAGCAUUUGACACGACUGCUGCAGAAUAGCAAGGUGUUUCAAGGGCGACUAGACUCUCUAGCUGUGGCCACCAUCAAAGCCCUGACAACAGUGAUGCACAAAUCACCAGCUGCAAAGGAGGUUUUCAAGGAGAGAAUUGGUUACAAUCACUUGUACGAAGUGCUUAUCUCGCUUGGCCAGCCAUCUCGACACCUUCUCAAAGAGCUGAUGAACAUGGCGGUUGAGGGUGAGCACACCUCAGUGGGGCUCCUGGGCAUCAGCAACGUGGAGCCCUUGCUGCUGCUGGUUCAGUGGCUCCCCGAGCUGGACUCAUCAGAGCUGCAGCUUUUUACAGCUGACUGGCUCCGGCGCCUCAGUUGCCUGAACCGCCAAACCCGUGCUACCUGUGUCAAUGCUGCCAUGGUCAUGCGAGCACUAGCUGCCUUGGAGCAGGAUCAACGGCUACACCGAGCAUGUGCUGAGAGCCUACUGGGAUUGGUGGGCUCACUGGGCUCUCAAUCCUUGAGUGCUAGAGAACUGUUCGGGCUCUUGCGUCUCCUCAGGCCUCCAGAAUCCAGCCAAGCUCACCCCUAUGUGGGUCCCGCUCUGAAAGGACUCUUAGCCAUGGUACGUAAGCAGGGCCUAGAAAGUGCCAUGCAGUACUUUGAUCUGUCACCCAGCAUGGCUGGCAUUGUAGUUCCAACAGUGCAGCGCUGGCCAGGGUCUGCCUUCAGUUUCUUCGCCUGGUUGUCUCUGGACCAAGACCAACUGGGCCAGCCCAGCAAGGACAAGAGGAAACAGCUCUACAGCUUUUUUACCCCGGGAGGGACGGGGUUUGAGGCCUUCAUCAGCUCAGCGGGUGUGCUGGUGGUGGCUGUAUGCACGAAGAAAGAGUAUGUCACAGUCAUGCUGCCUGACUACUGCUUCUGUGACUCUCUCUGGCACAGCAUUGGAGUGGUACAUGUACCAGGAAAGAGGCCAUUUGGACAGAGUCUCGUCUACAUUUAUGUUGAUGGACAGCAGAAACUGUCUGCACCUCUCAAGUAUCCCAGCAUGACAGAGCCAUUCACAUCCUGUUGCAUUGGCUCAGCGGGCCACAGAACCACCACUCCCCCACCCUCCCAGAUCCCAGACCCUCCCUUCUCCUCAGCCACCACACCCACCACGCGCUCUUCACUGGGCGGCAUCCUAUCGCCACAGACCUGGGGCGGAUUCCUGGGGGGAAAACCCGAGUCUGUGACUAAGCUCAUCUCAGCGGGGACCCAGGACAGUGAGUGGGGAAGCCCCACGUCCCUGCAGGGCCAGCUGGGAAGCGUCAUGGUAUUCCAUGAACCCCUGCAGCCCAACCAUAUAAAAGCCAUCUGUAGUGCUGGUCCAAACUGCAUCUCUCCAUUUAAAGCCCAGGAAUCAGAACUUGGUGACCUUUCAGCCAAGUUACUGCUGCACUACUCACCCAAGGCAUGUAGGAACCCCAUCUGUCUAGAUCUGUCUCCAAACAUGCUGCAUGGACGCCUGACUGGGAACAAAGUCAUCAACUGGGAUAUCAAGGACAUGAUAAACUGUGGGGGCGGCCUGCCAGUGCUCUUUCCUAUACUGGAGCAGUUGGCCCUGGUGACCCCUGAUCAGCAGGCCAGUGAUCCUGCUGCUGGGUCAGAGUUCAUCACCCCUGAUGUGACCACACCAGCCGAUGGAGAUUGGGUCAUUCUCCCAUCAAGCAGGGCUUCUGAGGCUCGCCUGGAGAAGAAUCUGGUGGCCACUUUCCUGUUGGUGCUGAAGCAUUUCCUGCAGAGGCACCCGAUCAACCAGGAGAAUCUGCUCCACUCGCACUGUGUGGCUACACUGGGAGCCCUGCUGCAGAAGCUGCCGGUGGGUCACGUGGAUGUCAGCGUGCUGGUUGCUGUGCAGCUGCUGAUAGAGCAGGUCACAUAUGAGAAGAACCAGGCCCUGCUGCAGCAGCUUCACACACAUCUGCUGUUCAACUUCAACAUCUGGAACAAAGGAGACUUCCCUCUACGCAUAGGUCAUAUCCAGUACAUGUCCACUGUCAUCAAAGACAAUAGGAAGCAGUUCCGGAAAAAAUAUGGAGUUCAGUUCCUUUUGGACACUAUACGCUUAUACUAUGGGAAGAACAGUAAUAAAGAGAGUGACCUGAGUGAAGAUGACAUACGUGCCAUCCGGGCAUCUCUCUGCGGCCUCAUCAAGUACUACAUCAGCAAGGGCAUGUCACAGGAGGAGAUGCACAGCAUUCUGGGAUACAUUGCUGCCACUGGAGAUGAGGACCAGCUGUGCAGCCUGCUGGAGAUGUUAAUCAGCCUUUUUCAGAGCAGUCCGGUCAGAGACCAGCUCUUCUUGCUCUUCUUUGAGCCCGGUGCGGCUGACUCCUGCUACGCUCUCCUGCUCAAUAACAAACACUCAGACCGACUCAGAGAGCUUGUCUUCAAGCUGUUUGAGCGCAUGCUGCGCUGUGACCGAGUUUAUGAGAAGAAUAAGCAGCGUUUGCGACUGAGAGAGGCAGGUUACGCUGGACUGUCGCUGCUCUUCUCUGAACUUCACAUCACUCCAACCCUGGUCCGCUGUCUCCUCAACCAGGUUCUCCACACAGAUCAAGUGGUGAACUACAAGGACCUGAUGGCUCUGGUGCAGCUCACUCACCGAGCUGGGCCCAGCGUACGCCUCAUCGUCUGCAAGAGGGUGUACCAGCUGCUACAAUCCCAACAAGAUGCUGCAGUCCAGAUCUCAAAGCAGCAGUGUUGGCAGGACACCCUCAUGCGCCUCUACUGCGGGGUGAAGGGUCCUUGCCACUGCGGAGUGCUGACACUGUCAGCACCUGCAGCUUGGCUUCCCCUGCCCAGGGGCAGCAGCCCUAACCGCCUAGAGCUGCCGCUGGAGAGGAGAGGACGGGCAGGCAGUGCUGGCCGGCUGGAUCGGCUGGAAGAUGACCGGCUCAGCAUAGGUGACACGCGCUCUGUGGACAGCUUGGACAACGGUGAUGUAAUCUCGCUGCUGGACACGCCAUCUUCCUCUGCUUCCACUGAGCCCCCGCUCCACUUCAAACCAUGGGUAGUGGGAAAAUCAGGGGGCUUGACGCUGGAUCUGUCCCACCUGCAGGCCUACGAAGGCAGGGAGAGUGGCAGCCAGACACCAGCGAGCAUGCCCAGUACACCAUCACCAGUGGAGACCUCCAAGCCUUUUCCAGGGAGCUCUGGAGAUCGAGAUGCAACUUCCUCCCUGACUGAAGACAGCUUCCUUUUCAGUGACAACACCUCACUGGGGGAGUCCUUCAACAAUGCUGAGCGUGCAGAGGAGGAGCUGGGCAGGAUGCUGUUGGAGAUAAUUCUGUGUGUGAUGUGGCGAGGCCUGGAAGGCUCCGACGAUUCUGCAUGGUUGGAGCGAGGCCAGGUCUUCUCAGCGCUCACCAAACUGGGAACUGCCAAUGAGCUGCUGCUUCCUGUUGACCAAAUCAAACUCAGUCUAAUUGAACGGAUGUUGGAGUGGGCAGUGAGUGAUAACCGCGACGCAUCAGCUGCCACGCUGCCACAGCACACAGAGAAUGCCGUGCGGUUGCUUCACAUAGUACAAGACUUCUUGCAGGCAGAGGGCCUGGUUAAUCCAGCACUAUGGACAGAAAAGGUGCUGGAAGAAACUGUGACGCUGAUGGACAGCCUCAUGGUGUGGUACUCUGCUGGUACCCAGUGGUUUCAGCUCUCCCAGGUUGGACUGCGACUGCUGCUGGACUUCAUGGCUCAGGAGGACCCUGUGGUUUGUGCCAUGGCUGCUGCCAAGCUCAAUGGAAUCCUGCAGACCAAGGAGGUGUCCAGCCAAGACGAGGCCUGCUACCUACUGGGGAAGGUUGAGGGCAUCCUACGACACGCCAUCCAGGAGCAAGCUGAGGACACCUACUCCUUCCUGGUUCCUCUGCUGCGAACACUUCUCUCCAAAGUCCACCGUCUCCUUUACAUGGAGCUGCACCUCCCCCAACUCCCUGACACCAAUGGCAGCCCGUCCUUCUUUGAGGACUUCCAGCUGUACUGCAACUCGCCUGAGUGGCGCGUCUACCUCGACAAAUAUAUUAUUCCAUACAUGAAGCAGUAUGAAAUCGAAACAUUUAGCCAGGGCCAUGAGACCAUGGCUUUGUACUGGAAGGAGUGCUACGAGGCCUUCAUGGUUAGUCUGCAUAAGAGAGAGAGGGAGAGGGGUGAGAGCAAGAUUCGCUUCCAGGAGCAAUUUGUGGAGCCCUUUUCACGCCGAGGCCGUCAAGAGAACCUACGCUACAACAGCAUGUUGAAGCAACAGCACAGUCAGAACACUGCCACUCUCAGGCAGUGGAAGGCUGCACGGCGGGGUCUGGUGUAUGAGCGAGGACCCUGGGCCGAAGGGCAGCAGGAUGACAUCCACUGGAAGGUGUCUAGUGCCGAGAACUACUCCCGCAUGAGGCUGAAGCUUGUCCGUAAUUACAACUUUGACCCUCACAGAGAAGCCAGUGCUCUGAGAGACAACCUGGGUGUUCAUCAGCAGCAUGUAAACCCAGAGUCUCUGCUGCUGGAGGCUGUGAAGCAGGUCAAAGUCAGUGACCUGGAAGAUGACAUCCUGGAGCUGCCUGAGGAUGACCCUGCUGCUGCCAACAACCAGGUUGAAGUAGAGGAGGCAGGUCAGAAGGAGAAAUUGGUGCUGUGGGAGGACUGUGAGCUGGUGACAGUGGUGGACAUAGUGCCUGGCCGCCUGGAACUCACCACCCAACACAUCUACUUCUACGACAGCAGCCAGGAGAAAGAGGAAGGAGUAGGCCAUGACUUCAAAUGGCCCCUGUCUCAGAUCCGAGAGGUCCACCUGCGGCGAUAUAACCUACGUCGUUCAGCUUUGGAGAUCUUCCUCAUUGACCAGACCAAUUACUUCCUUAACUUCAAGAAAGAGGCGAGGAACAAGGUCUAUAGUCGCAUGUUGCUGCUGCGACCCCUUAGUCUUAAUGGAACCCGCUCACCACAGGAGCUACUCAAAGCUUCUGGACUCACACAGAAAUGGGUGAACCGGGAGAUAUCCAACUUUGACUACUUGAUGCAACUCAACACGAUUGCAGGCAGAACGUACAAUGACUUGGCUCAGUACCCAGUGUUUCCCUGGAUUCUGGCUGACUACACUUCAGAAGAGCUGGACCUGUCUGAUCCUCAGGUUUUCAGGGACCUGUCGAAGCCAGUGGCGGUGCUUAAUGAACGCAAUGCCAAGGCUGUUAGAGAGAAGUAUGAAAGUUUUGAGGACCCGACAGGCACCAUCGACAGGUUCCAUUAUGGCACCCACUACUCAAACGCUGCUGGGGUGAUGCACUACCUGAUCAGAGUGGAGCCCUUCACCUCCCUGCACAUCCAGUUGCAGAGUGGACGGUUUGACUGUGCUGACCGCCAAUUCCACUCCAUCCCGGCAACCUGGCACACCCUCAUGGACAAUCCCAAUGAUGUCAAGGAGCUUAUCCCAGAGUUCUUCUACUUCCCAGAAUUCCUUGAGAACCAGAACGGCUUUGAUCUCGGUCGCCUGCAGAUCUCUAAGGAAAGGGUGAGUGACGUUGUUCUGCCCAAAUGGGCCAAGUCCCCUGAGGACUUCAUCUACAAGCACCGCAAAGCUCUGGAGUCAGAGUAUGUAUCAGCCCACCUUCAUGAGUGGAUCGAUCUGAUAUUUGGUUACAAGCAGAGAGGCCCUGCAGCAGUGGAGGCCCUCAAUGUCUUCUAUUACUGCACUUAUGAGGGGGCAGUGGACCUGGAUGCCAUCACUGAUGAAAAGGAACGGAAGGCCCUUGAAGGCAUGAUCAGCAACUUUGGACAGACGCCCUGCCAGUUACUCAAGGAGCCCCAUCCAGUGCGUCUGCCUCAGGAGGAAGUGGAGAAGAGAAAGACUCAGUUGGACUCAUGCCCUCUCAACAUGUUCGAACACCUCAGUGACCUCAAGUCCUUCUUUGUGGAGGGUAUCAGUGACAAUGUGCCACUGGUUAAGGCCGUGGUGCCAAAGAAUCAGUCUCAUUCGUUCAUCACCCAGGGGAGCCCUGACACCAUGGUAAUGGUGAGUCAGAACUGCCUAGUUGGGACCCAUGGGUGGCUUCCUUACAACAAGAACAUCUCUAACUACUUCACCUUCAUUAAGGACCCCACAGUGUCCAACACCAAGACCCAGCGAUUUCUGUCAGGACCCUUCGCCCCUGGUGUGGAGGUUACAGCAAGGCUGUUUGUGGUCUCCCACGAUGGCAAGUUGCUCUUCAGUGGUGGCCACUGGGACAACAGCAUCCGGGUCACCUCCCUGGUCAAGGGCAAGACUGUGGGGCAGCAUAUCCGACACCUGGACAUUGUGACCUGCUUGUCAACAGACCAUUGUGGCAUCCACCUGAUCUCUGGCUCCAGAGACACAACCUGCAUGGUGUGGCAGGUUCUACAGCAGGGCGGAGCUCCUGUGGGUCUUUGUCCCAAACCAGUUCAGGUGUUGUAUGGGCACACAGAUGAGGUGGUCAGUGUCAGUAUCAGCACAGAGCUGGACAUGGCUGUGUCUGGGUCACGGGACGGGACAGUGAUCAUCCACACGGUGCGUCGGGGGCAGUACAUGCGUUGCUUGCGACCGCCCUGCGACAGCUCCCUGCCACUGUCUAUCCUCCACCUGGCUGUGUCCUGGGAGGGUCACCUGCUGGUCCACACCUGCCUUGAGGGCAAAGCAACACUCAAGGAUAAAAACGCUCUGCACCUUUACUCUGUAAAUGGAAAGUACCUCUGCAGUGAGUCUCUGAUGGAGCAGGUGACUGACAUGUGUGUUUCAGGGGAGUAUGUAGUCACUGGCAGCGAACAGGGAUACCUGUCUAUCCGUGACCUGUACAGCCUGUCUCUGUGUACAGGGUCCAUGGCAAUGCGAGUGCCAGUGUGUUGUGUCUCAGUCACCAAGGAGCAGAGCCAUGUCCUGGUCGGUCUGGAGGACGGCAAGCUGAUCAUCGUGGGUGUGGGCAAGCCAGCGGAGAUGCGUUCGGGCCAGAUAACGCGGAAGCUGUGGGGCUCCAGCAAGAGACUGACUCAGAUCUCCUCAGGAGAGAUGUUGUACAACACCCAGCACGACACCUGACCCAUCCCAGUCCCCGAGCCCUAAAUCCUCCCUCUCCAUGCACAUCCUGCAUUCCUGUCACCCAAUUCUCUGCCACAACUGUCAAUGACCAAGCAGCACCUUUCCACAGUUUAACAGGCGGUAGUCAGUGAUUUUGUGGUGCUACAGUACAGCAUCAGAUAUCAUAAUGUUUUCUCUGUGUGUCCAUGCUUUGGAUUGACCAUAUGGCGCUGGCGCUGUGGUUCAAAUUCACCACACUACUACCCACCGCUCCCACACAUCACAGCUUCUCUCUUCAUCCCUCAGCCAGUCAUCAUUUUUUCAUCAUAUAUAUGUAUGAUGCGGUUUCUCCAGCAGGAGCCUGUUCACCCCCGCACUGUGUAUUCCCCGACCUGCUCAGCUUAAGUUUGACAGGAUCGGUCAGCUAACUACUCUCCUCUAUGUACGAACGAUUAUGGUUAUGUGUGUGUGUGUGUGUGUGUGUGUACGCACAUGUGCAGUGUAUUGCCAUACUGUAUCUCUAAAUGUAGUUUAAGAGGCCUUUUCGUUCCCCCCUUAGUUUGCUUUCGAUGCAGACAGGUGGGCCUGUGAUCUGUAGGCUGAGACUUCUCAUGUUUGCCUCAAAGCUGCCACACAGCAGCCUUAUGCAGUAAGAUGGCUCAUCACUCACAAGACCAAACUCUCUGCCUUUCCUGUGUGUUUUAAUAUAUGUACAUGUGUGUAAUUUGUUGUUUUGUCUUGUUUACCUUUGACAGGUUUAUGCAUGUACAAAGCAACAUGGCAUCUCUUCAUAUGCAUGGAAUUUUUGGUUCAUUUUGAGAUUAGGUAGCAGAUACAGUGAUGGAGAAGGUUGUUUUUUUUAACUGACUUUUUUUGUUUGAGAAACAUCAUCAGGAUGGCAUCUGUUUUUAAUGUUAGCAUGUCAUUUCAGAUAUAGUUUUGUAAAAAAAAAAAGAAAAAUCACUACAUUAUAGAAAAACACUACAUUCUCAAACACCGACAAAACAGUUAUCUCGUGCUUUAUCAAGUGUUUUUAAUUUACUUGAAUCCAUGUUUAUUUAUGUGUAAAAGUAGUUUUUUAAAUCACUUUUCUCUUGAAUACAGUCAUUCGCAUAUUUUAAACUCUUCUGACAUGUAGAAGACGGAGAAAGAAGAAAUCCUCAAGGGCUUUAUGAGAUGUCAGUGUUAACAGCAAUACAGCUACUUUGUCAGAUCCCUGUCGAUGCUUUCUUCCUGCUUUGUCUCAGCCCUACAGUAUCUCCAGUCUUCCUUGGGUAAUGUACCCACACUUCCUCCACUUCCCCUAACUGCCUUUAUCUCUCCUCAUUCUUUAUUUUUACAUCUCAUCCUCCUUUGUGUUCUUUGUGAAGUGACUGAUUUCAGAGAACUUUUUCUUAUCAGGCAUCUAGAAGAUUUGCUUGCCUUGUUUAGGUUGCUUGGGAGGCACGUUGUUCGUGUGUGUGUGAGAAUGCAAUUUCUUUACUUUGUCAUAUCAGAAUCACAAAAAAGCCACAGUAUGAAGCUCCUGUGGGUGAGGCUGUGAUUCAUAUUUUUGCACCAUACAUGUGUAUGCAUGUAGUGUGUAUGUGUGUCUGUGAGAGACGACAUGCCAGAAAUGCAUGUGUUUAUUUUAUAUAGCCAAAUUCUUGAUUUCAUCAUACAUGUUGAUAUGGUGUUGCUGUUUCCAUGGCAGCGCCUGAUUGUUUUGGCUCAGUCAUGGGUUCAGCAUUGGCUUUAAUGGUUCUGUCUCUUUAAUUUUUCAGUGUGAUUUUGUAUUUAGUUUGUAUUUAAAUGUCACAGCCAUGUGGAGUGUAAGACCAAUCUGUGAUUUCUGUGAAAGGUGCAUAAAAUGUUUGUUUUUUAUUUUUCCUUUUAUCCACAUUUGUCAUUCAGACAAGACCACUGUUUGAGUUGUAUCGCCACUGCAACCGACGGAGUGCCUUUAUCUCAGUGUGGUGUUAACUUAGAGCUAGGUUUUUUGUCAUUACUGAAGCUGGUCAUCCCUGUAAAUCAAAUGAAAGCAGCAUUCCAGAUGUUAAGCCUUCACAGUUUCAACAGGAACUAAGAAUAGCAAAAUCAAAAUGUACUAGUUUGUGUCUUAGCAACAUUCUGUGACUGUCACCAAAUGGAUGUCUGUAUAUCUGUGAUUAUUUAUGAAUACAGUAUAUAAUGUACAGCAUGAUUUUUUUCUGCGUAUUUGAAAUGUACUUUUGCACUUUCCAGGUACUAAAUUGUAACAAUGUUUUAACUUGGCUCCCUAAUCUGUACAAAGUGCUUUGUAUACACAAGUGAAAAAUGAUCAUUAAA